UUAUCCCCUCGGUUUACUUGACUUGCAGCUUUUCCCUCCCCAAGCCCAACGGAUACCUUCAUUUUUCAUCCAGUUUUCUUCACAUUCCCCUCUGAAACAAUCCCUUUUUCUAAACCCAUUUCCAGAUAUCUGUGUUCAUAUCCAGCUUUGUUUUUCAGGGUUUAUCAUGUUAUGAGGACAUGUAAUUGGCCGAUGAAAAGGUUGCUGCUGAUGAUUUCACUAAAUGUGGCGUAUUCUACUGGAGAGCUGGGGAUUGGACGUUUUACUGGUCGUAUUGUGUACAGAAAGGCUGAAGAUAUGGAUUACCACCUGGUUUGCUUACCUGUUCUUGCACAUUCCAUUCAUAAAGCUCCUCUUCUUUUGUGCAGGUUUGAUUUUGGCUUCAUGGUUUUUGUCCCUUGGGCAAUUUGGGUCAGCAAUGCUGAAGUUUCAUGUGUGGGAUUAGUUUCAGUAGCAGUCUUCAUGCUCGUCAUGCCUCUCUUCAAAGCUACUGGGGGUGUGUUGCCUCAAAUGGCACCACCUAACAUUCCGUCUUCAGCAUUGAGCAAAUGCUGGCAGCAGAUUACUUCUGGUGAAGAUCUUACGGAAGUUUCCCAAGUCAACUUUUGGGAACUAGUACCUGGUCAUGCCAUUGGCUCAAUUUCACUACUGGUCCGAGGUGCCCAACCUCGGACGUAUGACAGCAGUUCCUUUACAACCGAAGUGAAGAGUAACUCCAGAGCUUCCCGCUCGAACAGCUGCACAGCAGUAGCCUCGAUUAUUGCUGACUUAAGCAUCGGAGUGUCUACCUCGAGGAUCCACCUCGGGGCUUUGCAGGUCGAUCCAGAGUGCAGAUACGAACUGAAGAAGGACUUCUGGUUUGGUGCAGUUACAUUUUGGCGCCAUCUAUGGGAAUCUGAACUAAAGGCUCCUUUGUUGCUCUUAUCAUGGUUAAAACUAGAAGGAGAAGACGAAAAUCAACCACACAAUUCGGUUCACAACUCAGCCUCUACUGCUAACCAAGGCGUAGUUGCAACUCAGCUCGUUGCCAUGCAACAGCAGUUUGGUGUCUUUCAGUUAGUACUGGCACAGCUAUUAGCCCGGAAUAAUCCUAGUGAUCCACUCAUCAACCUACUUAAUCCUCCUCCACAACCUCCAGCCCCACCACAAAAUCCUGAACCAGUUCAACAUGCUCCCGCUAUUAGUGAAUCUCAGGGCCAAUCUCACAUUGCACCAGCUCAGCAACCCCCUCAUGAUGAUGUCACUCGACAUCUAGAUAGCUUAGAAAAGCUAGUGGUUGAACAGCGAGGUGUCCCACCUCCACACCCUACUGCUGACUCCGUACCCCACCCUCUCAACACCAAUAUUGUACUAGAACCCUAUCCCGCUGGCUUCAGAAUACCGCAGCUUGAAACUUAUGAUGGGACGAAGGACCCCGAUGAUCAUCUACAUGCUUUCUACUCUUGCAUGCAGGCCCAGAAUGCCUCUGAUGCGUUGAUGUGCAAAAUCUUUCCUUCUACCCUCCGAGGUAAUGCUCGAACUUGGUACUACAGUCUGCCUCCGAGGUCAAUCAACUCUUACAUAGAAAUGGCAUCUGCUUUUGCCACAAAGUUUUCCAGUAGAAGGUUGAUCAGGAAAACCACUUCUGAGUUGAUGCGAGUUAAGCAGAGGGACGGAGAGUCUUUGAAGAAUUUCAUGAGCAGAUUCAAUGAUGCAGUGCUGGAGGUUAACUCUUUCGACCAAGCUGUAGGAAUUACAGCUGUGAUCUCAGGUCUUAGCCAUGAGAGAUUCCGAGAUAGUCUGCUCAAACAUCCUGCCAACACCUUCAGCGAAGUAAAUGAUAGAUCGUUGAAAUUCAUAACUGCGGAGGAAUAUGCCCUGUCGCAGAAUAUAACUCCUAUUAAGAACCAACACCCAGACUGGAGAGAUGAGAAUCCGAACAGGAAACGGAUGAAGACAACACAGAACCGAGGUCCGAUGUCGACUUUCACCCUGAGAUUCGGAAGGACAAACUCAGCACCUCCGCAACAACCUGCAGGUAAACCUCCUAUUAAUUGGACUCCUUUUAAUUUACCGAGGUCACAAAUCUUCAUGCAGAUUAAGAAUAAGAUGGACUUAAGACGUCCGGAUCCAAUGAGAACUGCUGCUGCUACCAGAGACCAUACCAGGUAUUGUGAUUUUCAUCCAGAUCACGAUCAUACAACAAAACAAUGCAAUAGUCUGAGGUCCGAGCUGGAAAGUCUGGCACAGAAAGGAAUGUUGAAUGAGUACAUCCAGAGAGUUGAACAGCCACGGUUUGUCAGGGAACAAGGGACACAGCAUCAAGGAGUCCGCAAUCCCCCAAACAGGCAAGAUGUGGGAUAUCAGCAGGCCCCACCCCCACUCCCACCACCAGCUAGAGUCAUACACAUGAUUACGGGAGGUCUCGAAGCCGGUGGACUGAGCUCUAAGCAGCAAAAGCUGUAUGUCAAAGAGCGUGUCCUUGUUGACACAGGGAGUGCACCAGACAUCAUGUACUUCCAUUGUUUUGGGAGUCUUGGGUUAGAUCCAGUUCUGUUGCAACGGUAUGAUGGUCCCAUCUACGGGUUCAACAACCAACCAGUUCCAGUUGAAGGAGUCCUCACCAUGAAUGUUGCAUUUGGAAGUGGCCGAAGUUAUGUGACCCCUUCAGUCAGGUUUCUGGUAGUCAAGAUGGCAUCCUCAUUCAAUGUCGUCAUUGGUCGACCCACACUGACUGAAAUCCGAGUUGUGGUUUCCCAAUCUCACCUAUGCAUGAAGUUCCCAACUCCUACGGGAAUAGCAACGCUGCAAGGCAACCAAGAGGUGGCCCGACAUUGCUAUAUCACCUCGGUAACACAACCUCAAAAGGGCAAGGCCCAGACACCCGAGAUUAAUCCCAAACGGAUUCCUAAUGAUCGGCAAGUUAUGGGUGUUGCAAUAGUAGAUAACCGACCAGAAAAUGAAACCAGAGCUGCUCCAGUCAAAGAUGUGGAGGAGGUACAGAUUGAUGACAAAGAUCCGAGCCGGAAAACGCAAAUUGGGACUAAAUUGAACCCGGAGGAAAGAGCAGAGCUAAUAGCUUUUCUUCAGGCCAAUAAGGAUGUUUUUGCAUGGACUUCAGCAGAUAUGCCGGGAAUUCCCACUUCAGUUUUUCAACAUAAACUCAGCACCAAUCCCCUCAAGAAACCAGUAGCCCAAAAGCGACGCCUCUUCGGGGGGGAAAGGUUAAAGGUUAUUAAAGAAGAGGUCGAGAAACUCCUACAAGCCGGCUUUAUUAGAAGGGUAGAUUACUGUGAGUGGGUCGCCAAUCCGGUGUUGGUGAAAAAAGCAAACGGUAAAUGGCGGAUGUGCAUCGAUUACACUAACCUCGACGAUGCAUGUCCAAAGGACUGUUAUCCAAUGCCAAACAUUGAUAAGCUGGUUGAGGCAGCUUCGGGAAAUGAGAGAUUAAGUCUCUUGGAUGCAUGCUCAGGCUACCACCAGGUCCCAAUGGCUCUUGAGGAUGAAGAAAAAACCUCGUUCUAUGCUGGCGAUGAGAUUUAUUGCUAUGUAAUGAUGCCCUUCGGCUUGAAGAACGCAGGUGCCACUUACCAAAAGAUGGUUACCAUCGUAUUCCGAGCUCAGAUAGGACGGAAUCUGGAAGUUUAUGUUGAUGAUAUAGUGGUAAAGAGUUUGAAAGCUGACGAUCACUUAACCGACCUUGAGGAGACAUUCAACAAUCUCAGACAGAAUAGAAUGAGGUUAAACCCAGCCAAAUGCAUCUUUGGUGUGGAGUUUGGAAAAUUCCUGGGUUUCAUGGUUUCCCAGAGAGGGAUUGAGGUCAACCCAGAGAAGAUUAGAGCAAUUGCCGAAAUGGAACCGCCAAAGUCAGUGAAGGAUAUACAGAGGUUGACUGGAAGGGUAACAGCUUUUCAUCGGUUCAUAUCGAAGUCAACAGAUAAGUGCCUACCGUUUUUCAAGAUUAUGAGGUCAGCUACCCAAAAGGAUGAAUCAGCUGAGAAAGCAGCCUUAGCAGUCGACGAGCUGAAGUCUUAUCUUAGCUCACCACCUCUACUGACUAAAGCCAAAGAUGGAGAAAUCCUUUAUUUAUAUCUGGGAAUUUCAGAUGGAGCCAUUAGUUCGGUUCUGAUUCUGCAAAAGCCUGAGUGUUCUGGAAGAUUAAUUAAGUGGGUAGUAGAGCUGGGGGAAUUUGAGAUAACAUUUCAACAGAGAUCUGCAAUCCGAGCUCAGGCACUAGCAGAUUUUAUUGUAGAGUGCACUCCAGGUAAUUCCAUUCCUACUCCGGAACCCAAUGACUGGACCUUAUAUGUUGAUGGGGCAUCUAGUAGCAAAGGUUCAGGAGCUGGUGCCCUCUUGAUCGGCCCAGAUGGAUACCGAAGUGAACAUGCUUUGAAAUUUAACUUCGAUGCAACAAACAACAUGGCUGAGUAUGAAGCCCUGCUACUUGGUCUGCAGCUAGCAUUGGAAUUAAAACUCAGUGCGAUCCAAGUAUACAGUGACUCCCAGCUGGUGGUAAACCAAAUUAACUCAAUUUGCGAAGUUGUUGAUCCUGUGAUGGUGAAAUAUGUAGCUCUGGUGGCCGAGCUUAAGUGCAAAUUCCAGAAAUUCUGUCUGAGCAAAAUCCCUCGAACUGAGAAUGAACAGGCAGAUUCACUCUCUAAAUUCGCCUCUGAUAGUUCUUCACAUUCCAGAUCAAUUUUUGUGGAGGUCUUAGAUGAACCAAGCUUCAUGAAGCCACGGGUGAUGGAGAUCAGCACCGACCCAGGCACACCGAGCUGGACUGACCCAAUCCUCUCCUUCUUACGAGACGGGAUAGUACCUGAGGAUAGGCAGGAGGCAAUGAAGUUAAGGAGGAAAGCAUCUUGGUAUACACUUGUUGAUGGGAUCCUCUAUAAGCGAUCUUUCUCUCAACCUCUUCUACGGUGCUUGAAUCCCUAUGAAGCAGAAUAUGCACUCAGGGAGGUGUAUGAAGGUGUCUGCGGAAGUCACGUGGGUGCUCGGACUUUGGCUCAUAAAGUCCUUAGACAGGAUUACUAUUGGCCCAACAUGUACAAGGAUGCCACUCACUUUGUUCAGAGAUGCUUGAAAUGCCAGUUCUUUGCGCACCUGACUCACCAGCCUGCAGAAGAGCUCACUACUCUGGUAGCACCAUGGCCAUUUGCUCAGUGGGGAUUGGAUCUAUUGGGCCCAUUCGUGAAGGGGGUUGGUGGUGUAACCCACCUGAUUGUCGGUGUAGAUUAUUUCACAAAGUGGGUUGAAACUCGGCCGUUAUCCAAUCUUACUUCCAAGAAGGUUGAAGACUUUGUUUUCAGCUCAAUCAUCUGCAGAUAUGGGAUCCCGAAUCAGAUUGUGGCUGAUAAUGGAACUCAAUUUAACUGCACCUCUUUUCGAGAUUUUUGUUCCAACUACGGGAUUAAACUGCAGUUCACCUCGGUUUACCAUCCGGAGUCCAACGACAUGGUUGAAUCUGUUAACAAGUGCAUCUUAGAAGGUAUAAAGCCGAGGCUGGAACAACACAAGGACAAAUGGGCAGACGAGCUCAACAACGUCCUCUGGGCAUACCGAACUACGAGUCGAACUACCACAGGUGAAACACCCUAUCAUCUGGCCUUUGGUACCGAAGCAGUCAUUCUUAUCGAGAUAGGAGUCCCGAGCUUCAGGGUCACCCAUUUCGAUGAAGGGCAAAAUGGACAACUGCUUCGGGAGAACCUUGAUCUGCUUAAUGACGUUAAAGAAAAAGCACGACUUCAAACUCUAGUCUACAAGAAAGCUGGUCUGACGGGGUUCGAAACUCGAUUCGGCAAGUUAGCACCAAACUGGGAAGGCCCCUACACUGUUUCCGAAGUGCCGCACCUAGGUGCUUAUAUCCUACGGGACACUGAAGGCAAACGGGUUCCCAGGGUAUGGAAUGUCAAUAAUUUGAAGAAAUUCUACCCUUAGUACACUUCUUCCCAGUGAACUUCGUCCUAUUUUCAUAAGCAUCGUCAUUUUUUCUUGCUCACUCUGUAUUCGAGCUCAAUUUACUUAUCUCAUUAAUGAAUUUCACUUCACGUU